GCUGGUGCGCCGAAAAUCGCCCUUUUAUCAAAUCGGCAACAUCGGUCUUCGUUCGUUCCUUUCUCAUCCUCUUCAUCUGACCAUCGCCAUUACUGUAGGUUGGUUUCUAAGUUUUCUCCCGGCUUUUGUACUAUUUUAGCUUGUCUUUUAUACAAGCAAUGAAUUCUUUGUGGGAAGCUGCCAAGAGGAGUCCUUUCCUCAACAGUGCUAACUGCGAAGCAAAAAUGUCUACCGAUAACCAGUUGGUAGCCAAUAGGACUAUUGCUGCCGCUGCUGCAGAAAGCUACAGCUGUGAGUAUGGCAGUUCCAAAUACUAUGCACUGUGUGGUGUUGGUGGACUUCUCUCCUGUGGUAUCACACACACACUGGUCACACCGUUAGAUAUGGUGAAGUGCCGAAUCCAGACAAACCCUGCUAAAUACAAGUCCAUCGUUACUGGCUUUAAGGUGUCGGUUGCUGAAGAAGGCAUGAGAGGGCUUGUCCGAGGCUGGGCACCUACAGCAAUUGGAUAUUCUGCUCAGGGUGUAUGCAAGUUUGGCUUCUAUGAAGCAUUUAAGAUUAUCUAUGCCAAUGCUUUGGGAGAGGAGAAUGCGUACAUUUACAGAACUGGUCUUUAUCUAGCUGCUUCUGCCUCAGCAGAAUUCUUUGCAGAUAUUGCUCUUAGUCCAAUGGAAGCCUGUAAAGUGCGAAUCCAAACUAUGCCGGGUUUCCCUGCUACAUUGAGAGCUGGAGCACCAUUAAUUUAUCAGCAGGAGGGCUUAAAUGGAUUCUACAAAAGUCUUGUACCAUUGUGGAUGAGGCAAAUCCCCUACACCAUGAUGAAAUUUGCUUGCUUUGAAAAGACAGUUGAGCUUCUAUACAAACAUGUUGUCCCCAAGCCACGCGAUCAGUGCACUAAGGGUGAACAGCUUGUGGUUACUUUCGCUGCUGGUUACAUUGCUGGUGUUUUCUGUGCCAUCGUUUCUCAUCCUGCUGACACAGUUGUGUCCAAGAUGAACGCCGCAAAGGGGUCAACUGCAGGUGAAACCCUUAAGAAACUCGGUCUCAUGGGAGUCUGGCAAGGAUUGACGCCAAGGAUUAUCAUGAUUGGUACACUUACUGCUGCCCAGUGGUUCAUCUAUGACGCUGUGAAGGUUUGGCUCGGUCUGCCACGUCCUCCUCCACCAGAGAUGCCCGAAUCCUUGAAGAAGAAGUUGGCUGCAGCCCAACAAUAGAAGGAUCCUGUACCUAAAUCAAACUUUAUUUGACGGCCUAACAUCCGACCGUCCGUACAAGCCGUUAUUGAAUAGUUCUGCCAUCAGUUAAAAAAAAAAUUGCUCCUGAUUAUUUAUCCGUUUUCGGAUAAGAAGGAUCAUUUUACCAUCUAGGGGCAUUCGGCAAUGUAGCUUUCCUAUGUAAAUCAUCGAUAAACGAUAUUGAAGCGACGAUUGGCUGCAGUGCAACGGUAAUAAACAUCUGUAGAAUACGAA